AUGACGCGCGUCCUGCCUCGCAAAUGGCACGUGCACCUGGGAUUCAUCCUCAGCCCUCGGCCAAGGAGCGCGCUUGACAGACACACCGGGCUGGAAAACCACCCGGCUGAUCCCGACAGCAGCCAGUCAGGCCUCCGCACCUCCCUCCCCAGGAAUCAGGACAAACGGGAUCGCGGCGCCGCGGGGCCCCUUGAUGCUGCCCGCGGGAGUGGCUGCGCAGAGCCGCGAGGUGCCCGCAUGCCUGCUCCAAAGCAGCGUCCUGGUGGGACCGGGACCACCCCGCUGAUGACUGGCAUCGUCCCCGACGGCUUCGUCCGUGUGGAUCGGGAUUAUGUGGCGCAGGCAGCAGAGCUGGCGCGGGCAGGGGGCUGCAAACACUUUGUCCUGCAGUCCUCCCGGGGGGCCAACGCGCAGAGCCACUUCCUCUACCUCCGUGUGAAGGGAGAAGUGGAAAACCUGGUCCAGGCUGUUGGUUUUGAUCGCUGUACCAUUCUCCGGCCAGCGGUGCUGCUGUGCAGGCGCCAGGAGUCCCGGCCCAUGGAGUGGAUAGCCCAGCAGUUCCUGGGCGCUGUGGCUCGGGUGUUCCCCACCGCCUACUCAGUGCCUGUGGAAACGGUGGCCAGGGCUAUGGUGGCCUGCGUGCUGCAGCCAGGCGAGGGGAAGGUGAAGGUGCUGGAGAACAGGGCCAUCCAUGAGCUGGGGAAGGCAGUGCCGCAGCAGGGCACGUAGAGCAGAGGGGAUGGCAGGCAGGAGCUUGGGUCACCGUUCAGUGCUCUUGGGGCUGAGGCUGGACGCACACAUGGGAGAGGUGUGGGGUGCUGGCAUGGCUGGCGUGGAGCCAGAGCUGCAUCCACUGCUUUGCACAGUGGCUGAUUCUGUCAGGGGAUCAAAAAUGCAGGUGCUGGCUGCUGGGUGAGGAUAAACAAUGCUCUGCUGCCUGGAUCCGUGACAAACGCAGGUAAUGAUGUAAUCCAGGCCUUGAAUAAAAUUCUGUGACUGAUCUGGUUGUGCAGGCUUUGUGUUGAAAUAAUGUCUCACCCACACACCAGCAACCCAGCCUCAGCCUCGUGUGCUCAGAUCGUGUCACUUCAGGGAAUGCUUACAGGCAGGCGACAGGCACAGGGGAGCAGAGACAGGCACAGCUGCCUGUGUGGAGGCUGCACUUCACAGAGCACACGGUGGCACCAGUGCUGCUUGGAUAGCAGAGCUCCUGGAUGCUGCAACAGCAGCAGCUGCUGAGGCACCAGGAGCGGUGGCUGUGCCUGCAGCAGACACUCCUGGCCUCAUCUGCUCAGGUGCAGAGGGACUGCUCUUCAGGGAGGCUGCUGUUCACACCUGCUGCCACUCAGUACCUGCAGUCACAAAAACACUAUGCACAUACUUGCAUGGACUGGCAAAUGUCUGUCCCUCUGCUUUCCUUCCAGGCACAAGUGAGCCUGAGCCCAGCUGUGUUCCCAGGAGUGCUCUGCAUGUGCGGAGGUUGAGGCCAGCCCUGUGCACACCUUGGAGGGGGCGUGCUCCUGCCCAGGUGCCAGAAGGGGAGCAGGCUCCUCCCGUGGGCGUGGAGCAGGCAGCAGGAGCAGUGCAAUGUCCCAGGCACGGCCCCUGCUGUUCUCAGGCCUCGUGCUCGGGGUCGAGGAACUCGGUGGCUCCUCAGAUGGGAUGCAGAACAUACGUGACUCCCAAAUUCCCUGCUGGCCAGAGUCCCAGUGCUCCGGGUAAUGCUGCUUUCCAGGAUUUUCUCUGACCUCACCCACGGCUCCUGUGUCAGUGACUUGGAUGUGGCAAAUGGAGGGAGCCUAGAUGUCAUCUCCUCCUUCUACACGAGCAUUUCCAUCGCUGGGCUGGGCCUCAGGAGGGUGGCGGAGGCAGGGGGAUGGUGUGAGGCCUGCACCUAGACAGCUCCUCAGCCACUUGUGAGCUGGGGCCGCAGAGCCACAGCUACUGAUAAAGACUGUCCCAGUGAGAGCAAAACAACACUUUCAGAAUGGUAUUGAAUGCACAAAGGAAAUUAGGGCAGGCUGGUCAGCAUCCCACAAGUAUGAGGAGCACAAAAGCUGGUCACCUGCAGCACUGGGUUACACAGGCAUAGUGCACUCAAUGCUCAAAGAGGUUUCUUUUGAAGGACCAGUGCUUGUA